AUGUUAACCCAACUCAUUACUCAUAGCCAAACUAGAAAAGACCUUAAUCAAAAGAUUCAGACAUAUUACUAUCUUGGAAAACUUCUUGAUCAACAUGCAGACCCAGCUACAAUAAAAGACUUUAUCAAAAGAAAACAAGGCAAAAGAAAAGCCAAAGACACUUGGCAUG